AGGGGGGUUAGUGGAAGAGCGUGUUGCUGCUGCCGCAGAACAGAGAGCUGAGCGGAAUGUAGUAUCUGUGCGCUGUCUGCUGGAGUUUUUAACAAAAUACAGUAAUACAGAAGAUACAAACCCUACUCACUGUCUCAGAAUGUCUCAGUGGGAGCGCUUGAAGCAGCUCGACUCGGUGUGUUUACAGAAGGUGGAUGAGUUGUACAGUCGAGAUGAUUUUCCCAUGGAUGUAAGAGACUACCUAGCUCAGUGGAUCGAGGACCAAGACUGGGAAGGUGCUUCACGCGACAGUUCCCGAGCAGUGGUUCUGUUCCAGAUCUUGCUGGAGAAUCUGGAUAAUCAAUAUAGUCGUUUCACACAGGAGCGGUGCUUCCUCAUGCAGCGCAACUUCAAACGCUUUAAGCAGAACUUUCAGAGAUUUCAAGAAGAUCCAUGUACUUUGGCUGAAAUAAUCAGUUGGUUCCUGAGGAGUGAGAAACGGAUCCUAGAAGAUGCAGAGCUAGCACAGGAAGUUCAGAUGUUGCAGGUUCAGCCAAACCCUAUGGAGACAGAGAGUCAGAGAUACGUAGAGAAGAAUGUCAGAGAGUUUAAGAACAAAGUUCAGGUAAUGGAGCACUCAUUGAGAUGCCUGGAGGAACAACAAGAUGAGUUUGACUUUAAAUAUCAGACGCACAGAAUGGAUGGUACAACUGAUGGAGCUGAAAGAAACGAGCAGUUAAAGGUGCUGCAAGGAAUGCUUAACAGGCUCAAUAACUCCAGAAUGAUAUUUCUCAGUGAGUUGUCAGCAAUGUUGGAUUCUGCUGAAUCACUUCUAGCCAAGCUUACAGAGGAUCUAGAUCAGUGGAAGAGAAGACAGCAGAUAUCAUGUAUUGGUGCUCCAGAAGACACAAAUCUGGACCCACUGGAGAAAUGGUUCACACAGGUAGGGGAUGGAAUGUUCCAGCUACGCAAGUUCCUGCUGAAGUUGGAGGAGCUACUGGACAAGUUGAGCUAUGAUGAGGACCCUAUCAAAGACCAGAAACCCAUCCUGCAGGAACGUGUGGAUACUCUAUUAACCACCCUGAUUAAGAGUGCUUUCAUCGUGGAAACCCAGCCAUCUAUGCCGCAGGGUCGAGGCCCUCUUGUGCUGCGUACAAAUGUUCAGUUCUCAGUCAAAGCCAGAUUGCUGUUUAAGGUGCCUGAGCUCAACCAUGCCAUGAAAGUGAAUGUGUCCAUUGGCAAUGAUGCUCCUAAUGUAAAAGGGUAUCGCAGGUUCAAUGUUCUUGGAACAUCAAGUAAAGCUCUGAAUAUGUCUGAGAGCAUGAAUGGGGGCAUGGUUGCAGACUUCAGACAUUUGACUCUGAAAGAAAAGAAGGUUGGAGCAGGUGGAAAAGGAAUUAAUGAUCUGUCUUUGAGUGUGACAGAGGAGCUCCACACCAUACACUUUGAGACACAGUUUGAAAUGCAUGGCCUGUCAGUCUCUUUGGAGACCACCUCUCUCCCUGUGGUAGUGAUCUCUAACUCCAGCCAGCAGCAGAGUGCCUGGGCUUCUGUUCUGUGGUUCAACAUGCUCUGCCCUGACCCCAACAACCUGCUGUUUUUUGCGAGCUCUCCUGUAGCAUCUUGGAGUCAGCUUGGUCAGAUGCUGAGCUGGCAGUUUAUAGCAUGUGCUGAGCGUGGUCUGAAUGAAGACCAGCUUGAGACUCUGGCUCAAAAACUCUUUGGUAAACAACAGAGUUAUGACAAUUGUAAAAUAUCCUGGACCAGAUUUAGCAAGGAGAACAUCAGUGGUCAAAGCUUCACGCACUGGGUCUGGCUGGAUGGAAUUCUAAACUUGGUCAAAGUUUACCUUUCACAGUUGUGGAAUGACGGGUCUAUCCUGGGAUUUGUAAGUAAGGGGAAGGAAAAGGUGUUGUUGAAGAAGAAGCAGGGUGGCACUUUCCUCCUACGCUUCAGUGAGAGCUGUAAAGAUGGUGGAAUCACAUUCAGCUGGGUGGAAUACACUAAUGAUGGUGAACCCAACGUGCGAUCAGUGCAGCCGUUCACCAGUGUAGACCUGAAGCAGAUUCCAUUGGCAGAGAUCCUGCGCAACUUUCAGAUCAUGGAAGCAGAGAAUGCUCCAGUCUACCCACUUCAGUUCCUCUACCCGAACACCCCCAAAGACCAGGCGUUUGGCAAAUACUACAAUGAGAUGACUGGAGAGCAAAGUCCAUACUUUAAAUACAUUAAAACCAAGCUGGUCUUCGUGUCAAAAGAGAAUGGGUGUACAAGUGUGGCUGGGGAGCCAGUGCCUGACCUGUGCACGCAGCCCAAUGACCGCUGCUCUGAAGAAGACAUCAUGCUGCGAGGGCCAGAGAGCUCACCCAUGCUUUCCAACUGUACGAGCAACCCUGAGUCACCCAACGAAUUUUUGGAAAACUCUUUAAACGGCCACCUUGAGUUCCCAGAUUUACUUAAUUUACCUCCAGAUAAUUAUGAUGGCCUAAAGAAUUCAGCCAAUGGUGUUUCCGAAUCCUUUCUGAACAUCAUUUCAGAGUCGUUUUCCCCAGUUUCUGAUCUUACUACAUUUCAGGAGUUUCUGAAUGAUCCACAUCUCCUGGAAGGAAUAGGCACUUUUUCUGAGUUUUCUGAGGGAAUGCCUUUAACUCCCUGAACAAUGAUCUUCCAAUGCUGUCCUGUGGCACUGAGACUGGAAAGUAGCAUUCACUAACACAGAAGUCAAUCAAUAAUGUAAUGCAAUCAAGAUUAUUAGCCCAUUAGCAAAAGAAGAUUUAUGGUUCGCUUCGUCUCAUUGUUUCACAGUCCUGCCCCUAAAGUAAUUUUACACUGGGAUUUUUUUUUUUUUUCACUGCCCCAACACAGUUAAAUUAAUUUAAUUAUUAGUGAAGGGGAUGUUUUAUUAUAUUACAUUAAAGGAUAACAUACUUGAUAUAGCUAGGCUACUAUUUCUAUGCAGUAAAUCAGACUAGAGUUGCACUAGAUGUUUCACCUCACUGAGUUGUUGGUCUUACUGCAGGAGAUAAAGAAUUAGCUCUGAACUUGUCUGCCUUUUGCAGUGAAGUGCUUUUGCAGUGAAGUGCUUUUACCAUGCAGGCAAUACAAAAUGCUCCAGUUAGAGCUUGUAAAAGAGCUUGUAAAAGUCAGUUCUGAUUACAAAUCCAAAACAAGGAAUGUGAUUUUUUUUUGUAUAUAGUUGUAUGUAAGUUUUUUAAAGAUGACCUGGUUUCCAAAAGGCAUGUGAGAUAAAAGUAGUUUAUGUUGUGUGAAGUGACGAGCUUCUGUAGAAAGAGUAAAUAAAAUGCAAGUGAAGAGCGGGAGUAGAGGGAGUAGUCUGUCAGAACAGUCCAGCAGUUCUGUUUGAUUUGGAUUAAAAUAAAGGAAAUGUUGCUUUUUACUCAGCAAAGUGUUUGUAUUCAGUGAGUGCAGGAAAGAUUCCAUAUGCUGCUAUAAAACAUCAUUACUUAGGGAGAAAAACUAUUCAUAUAGCAGCAGUUUACUAACAAUGUUAGUAAACUAACAGUGUUAUAAAAGGACACUGUAACAUCUGUAGAGCUUAAAUCUUACAAGUGAUCAAUUUUUCCCCUGUUACACUUUCUCCCACGUGAAUGCUGCUUACGUUCCCAGUCAUGGUCUUUAUAGCUACAUGUUUGAUGUUUAGUUCUUACUGGCUCGUACUCAGCUGCUCCAAAACCCUCAGCCUUUCAUUCCUUUUGAUGUUGACUCAUUCUUCUUACGUAUUCAUUACAUACAAUAUCAAAUCUGUGUAAUCUUUGAUUGCAACUUUUUUUGAUCAUAGAGCUUUUUAAACAAACCUUAAUCAUACAUUUAAAAAUCGCUAUCUCAUAAUCAUAGAGCUAAGUCUGACAUAAAAAGCUUGCAAAGAAAUGGGUAAUCUGUCUAGGGGAAAGCAGUGAUUUUUUUAUGAAUCAAUGUAACAUUUCAUCGAUUUGCUGAGAAAUAAAAAGAUACAUUCCUUCCGUUGUAA